CUUUCUACACAGGUAAACAGUCAUGCGCACAUAUUGUUAUCAACAAACCAACAAUUAGUGGUGGCAUAUUAUCUCCUUCCAUUUUAUGAUCACAAUUCCUACUUUCUUCUGGUAAGUCGGAUUUCGUUAUUUUUUUAAAAAAGUAUUUACAUGUUGGCAAAAAUCAUUAAUAUUGAUUUUGUGAUGGCAUUGUGGCCGUAAGCUGGAAUAUUAUAAUGCUUCCAAUAGCUUCUGCACUUUGCCACCAGAAUGGCUUUCAAAGGCUUCUUUAUUUGAUUGCCGGUAAAUGUCAUGUUAAAUUGUUGAGGAUUACAUAAGGUCCGAGGAUAACAUUAGAAAAAAAGAAGAAAGUAAAAAAAAAAAAAAUCAUAGUGAAUUAUGAAACUCAUUCAUGUCUUGCUAUAUCAGUGAUCGGAGUGAUAUUAUGUGAUCAAUUUAAUAAUGUUGCAUUAUAUUUAUAUAAAAAUCUAUUUAUGAAUGGUUCACCUUUACCCCAUUAUGCAUCGCUAAAUAAUUUACGUUUAAAUGUUUUGGAUUCCGGGUCGCGUGUCAUUUUACUUCUAUAAAAUGGGGUUGCAGGUCACUGCUAUAGACUUGUGUCACAGUUCACUUUAUUUCUAUAAAAUGGGUUCACAAGUCACUUUACUUCUAUAAAAUGGGGCCGCAGGUAACUUUACUUCUAUAAAAUGGGGUCGCAGGUCACUUUACUUCUAUAAAAUGGGUUCACAAGUCACUUUACUUCUAUAAAAUGGGGUCGCAGGUCACUUUACUUCUAUAAAAUGGGGUCGCAGGUCACUUUACUUCUAUAAAAUGGGGUCGCAGGUCAUUUUACUUCUAUUGAAUGGGGUCGAGGGUCACUUUACUUCUAUAAAAUGGGGUCGCAGGUAACUUUACUUCUAUAAAAUGGGGUCGCAGGUCACUUUACUUCUAUAAAAUGGGUUCACAAGUCACUUUACUUCUAUAAAAUGGGGUCGCAGGUCACUUUACUUCUAUAAAAUGGGGUCGCAGGUCACUUUACUUCUAUAAAAUGGGGUCGCAGGUCAUUUUACUUCUAUUGAAUGGGGUCGAGGGUAACUUUACGUCUAUAAAAUGGGGUCAUGUCUCUUUAUUAGAUUUAGGAGCAAUCUAUGUAUUUUAGCCUAAAUGAAAUAAGGUUAUGAAGGAGAUUCGUCAUCCAGUAAUGGAGAUAAGUUUACUUCAUUUUUGAAAAUAUCCCAAAUAAGAUCGUACGGGGAAAGAUUAUGAAAUGAUCCCAUGAAACGUGAAACACAGGCAUGAGGGCAGAAAGUGUGUCGAGGGGGCGAUCUCAGUGGCGUAGCGAGAAAUUGUGACGCCCGGCUGGACUUUGCCGCCCCCUCCCUUCCACCCCCACAAUAAAUGCCACAUAAGAAAACUAUACAUUAUAAUGUUGUUUUUUUUUGGAACAGUGAAAAUUAGAAAUAACAAAACUUGAAAUAGCGCCGUCCUGGAAUAUGCACUCAGUCGGAACAGAACGUUUGGUGUGUGUGUCUGUGGGGGGGGGGGGAUGAGGGGGGAUCAAGGGGUCCUAAGGGGGCCCUGUCAAAGUGGGGGCGGGGGUGGGGCUUCCCCGAAAAAAAAAGGGAUAGGGUGAAAAAACAAGAGGGGGGGGGGGGGGGGUGUGGGGGGGGGGGGGGGAUGAGGGGGAAUGAAGGGCUCCUAAGGCGGCCAUGUCAAAGUGGGGCAGGGGAUGGCACUUCCCCGAAAAAAAAUGUGAUAGGUUGAAAAUACAAGGAUUCAUUUUGACGCAUAACCUGGGUGCAGUACUGCGUCGAAAUCUAAGAGCAACUGAGAAGUGCUACGAAUUUUAAAAAAAAAUGUUUAUUUGCUAUUAAGUAGUAAAGUUGUUUUAUAACAAUUAUUUAAACUAUUAUAAAACUAUUAAACCACUUACAUUUGUUUAAACGGCUUCAUUGGUAAUUUUUUUUUUAAAGUGCCGUUGCUACGUGACAGCGUUUGCGUCACAAAAAUGAAUUUAACAUAUUAUAUUAUAUAUACUGUUGCCCGGGUGCGUCAAGUGAGUUAUGGCGCUGAGGUAUAUUAGGAUCUGAGGAGUGAGCUGUGGCGCUGGGGUAUAUUAGGAUCAGGGGAGUGAGUUGUGGCGCUGGGGUAACACCUUCUAGGAUGAUUGUCUACCAUAUUUUCCAUUUAAUGCAUAUUAGCUGUGUUGCUCACAGUUGAAAUGGGUUGAAAGACUUUGACAUUGUAUGCUUGUAAUUAGUUUUUGUAGUGUUGCGUUUGUUUUAAAUGUGGUAAAUUAUAGAUUUUUUUUUGUUGACUUUGUACCGCGUGUUUUUGAAAUGAACUUUAUUAUUAUUAUUAUUAUAUUAGGAUCAGGGGAGUGAACUGUGGCGCUGGGGUAUAUUAGGAUCUGGGGAGUGAGUUGUGGCGCUGGGGUGUAUUAGGAUCUGGGGAGUGAGUUGUGGCGCUGGGGUGUAUUAGGAUCAGGGGAGUGAGUUGUGGCGCUGGGGUGUAUUAGGAUCUGGAGAGUGAGUUGUGGCGCUGGGGUGUAUUAGGAUCUCGAGAGUGAGUUGUGGCACUGGGGUGUAUUAGGAUCUCGAGAGUGAGUUGUGGCGCUGGGGUGUAUUAGGAUUUCGAGAGUGAGUUGUAUGGAGAGUGAGUUGUGGCGCUGGGGUGUAUUAGGAUCUGGGGAGUGAGUUGUGGCGCUGGGGUGUAUUAGGAUCUGGAGAGUGAGUUGUGGCGCUGGGGUGUAUUAGGAUCUGGGGAGUGAGUUGUGGCGCUGGGGUGUAUUAGGAUCUCGAGAGUGAGUUGUGGCGCUGGGGUGUAUUAGGAUCUCGAGAGUGAGUUGUGGCGCUGGGGUGUAUUAGGAUUUCGAGAGUGAGUUGUGGCGCUGGGGUGUAUUAGGAUCUGGAGAGUGAGUUGUGGCGCUGGGGUAUAUUAGGAUCUGAAGAGUGAGUUGUGGCGCUGGGGUAUAUUAGGAUCUGGGGAGUGAGUUGUGGCGCUGGGGUAUAUUAGGAUUAGGGGAGUGAGUUGUGGCGCUGGGGUAUAUUAGGAUCUGGGGAGUGAGCUGUGGCGUUGGGGUAUGUUGGAUUCUGGGGAGUGAGUUGUGGCGCUGGGGUAUAUUAAUAAUACUUUUUAUAUCAUUGCGUGUCCUUAGUACGUGCUUUCCAUUUACUUUAAACCAACUGGCGUCAUCAAGAGAGAGUAACUCUCAGCUCUGUGAUAGCUCUCCCCUGGGCUCUAGUUGACACCUUGUUGUUUUUUCUGCUCCGCUUUUUGACACACUAAAAUUUCAAUUAGACUAUCAUAAUAAUGAAUAGCUAUAGAUAGUAAAACAGCACUGCGCCUUGUGUGACACUUUUUUCCUAUAUAUUUAGGGACGAUUUUGUGUGUUGUAAACUGCAGACCUUUUUUUCGUGGUUAAGGGCGUCAAAAUAUUUUCCCGUCCCGAUUGACACUAAACCUACAUAUGCCAUUGCAUACAGAGAAGGAAUGAAGAUGGAUUGGUUACAAUCCAGUUGGAAAUAAGUGAAACAAAGAUGGGGAAAACAUGGGAAAAUGUCCAAACAAAAAACGAAAAUGUCGGAAAGAAGCCGUCUUCAGCGAACCAACAACAGCAAACAGAUAUACAAAGUGACGUAAAAUCUUGUCAAUCAAGUAAUCCAAAAUCAAGUAAUCCAUAAUCAAAUAUUAAAUGACAACGUUGAAUUUACUGGACAAUUCAAAGAGACGAAGACUACGUACGAGGGCACAGAGAAGGGGCAUGGACACACACACAAAUACCAAAAAAAAAAAAAAAAAAGAGAGAGAGGGGGAGAGAGAGAGAGAGAGAGAGAGAGAGAGAGAGAGAGAGAGAGAGAGCAAGCGAGAGAGAGAGAGGGCAAGCGAGAGAGAGAGAGAGAGAGAGCAAGUGAGAGACAGAGAGAGAGAGAGACAUGUAAUGAACUAGAAAGAAUAUAUAGAACAAAACUCUGCGAUGUUUAACCAUCUGUUGGCGUGGAAACGUUAUGUGAAGGUUAAUAUUGUGUGUACAGUGACAAUGUCCUGUCCCCUUGAUAUUAAGUUUGCACCGACCCCCCCCCCCAGCCUUACCAUUUUUUUUUAAUUUUGAAAGAAAAUUUUACCGUAAUUUAAGAUUCUACAUCUACGGUACGCGUGCUAAAAAAUGUCUAGAAAACCGAAUAAUAAUCCCAGUUACCAAUAUUAAAAUUAUUAUAGGAUAAUUUCUCUUUAACCAAUCUCGAUGACGACACCGGCAAGCCGAGAGGUGUUAAUUAGUCGUUAGUAGUUAUCAAUAUCUAUUUAUAUUAUAGUCAUAUGUUUCCAUAUUAUAGAAUUAAACUGCAUACUUGAUAGCUUUUCAAUUUUUUUAUUAUCAUUUUUUUUUAAAGAUCGGGAUGUCCAAGUCGUCUGAGAUUGACCUUCUCUUGAUUGGAAAAACAGGCAAUGGAAAGAGUGCAACGGGAAACAGCAUCUUGGGACGAAAGGCCUUCAAGAGCUGUGCAAGCGCAGACUCCGUGACAAAGUCGGUGGACUUUGAGGUGGGCAAAGUAAACGGCCGUGUGGUCAAAGUUGUGGACAGUCCUGGCGUUGGGGACACCGAGCUCGACAAAGAGAAGGCGUUCACGUUGGUGCUGGACGGCCUGAAAUUUGCCAUCGUGGCGAAUCCUGUCGGCUACCACGCGUUUCUUCUCGUGCUCAAAUAUGGAUCAAGGUUUACGGCGGAGGAGCACCAGACUGUCAAGUUCUUGAAACAUGUCUUCGGUCAAUCAUUCGUGGGGGAUCAUUGCAUCAUUGUCAUGACGAACGGUGACACGUUUGUAAAUAACCACGAAGGGUCUGGGAAGACUUUUGAGUCUUGGUGCGAAGAGCAGACAGGGGAGUUCAAAGAGAUUCUGAAGGAAUGCAAUGGCAGGAUUGUGCUCUUCGACAAUCGGACACGUGAUGAAGAACAGAAGACCAGUCAAACCCAAAAGCUGAUGCGGAUGGUUGACCAUCUCCGGAAACAUGGCAAGCGGUACACUGACGAGAGCUUUGAAAACGCCCUGAAGACGCGAACGCUCCUGAUUGUGGAGUUCAAGGAGCCCCUGAUCCGAGAAGAGACACUGGCAGAAACGAGCCUGAUGAUACAGAAGCUCGAAAAGCUUCAGGCUAAUCGGUUGCAGGGGAGCUGGCUGAAGCAACUUGAGGACCUUUUGAUACAGGCCGAGGCCCUUUACACCAAGGUCGACAGUCAAGAUCGAGGCACUGGGGUCUUGAAGAGUUUAAAAGAAACGGUCCAGUCCAUAAAGAGUCAGCUGUCAGACGAAAUAAAAUUGUGUUUCAACACGGUAAAGAAAAACGAAAUGCUGGCAAAUAAAAAUUCAAAGGAGGCCAGGACAGAAUCUCAAACUGACCAACAAGGGCGGCCUUCGUGCGUCAUGGAACAUCCCAACGAAAACGACGAGCCAAUGAACGAACUUUUGAAAAUAUUGGAAGAUCUCCGACUGAAACAAACUGGUCAACGCCGGCACAUGAUGGACAGCUAUAGUGAAUCAAAAGGGAAAUUCCAAAAUCUCCUAUUUCCACUAUUGCUAAGCAGGUUUAACUGGCCAUCGGCAAUGUCCUUUAAAAGCUUUAACGUCACACAAUAAAUCUGAAGUACGAACUUUAAAGAAAGAAAAAAGAAUUCUUAAGUGAACAAUGAUGCGUUAUGAAUUUCUUUUUUUUUUUUAAACAGAUCAACUUAGGAUCGUAACCUUAGCAACCAUAGCCCGUUUCCCGUUCUUACAAUUCUGUCGUUGGUUCGAGUCAUAUUCGUUACAUCUGUUAUUGGGGAGUAAGUUAAAUUAUAUAUAGAGAGAAUGAAAAGUCUAGGCCUAAGUGCAAUGUAUUUUCUACCACACGAAAUCUGUUAAUUGUAACAAAAGAUGUCAGCUGAAGAAGAUUGACGUUGGUGCAGUUAAUAUGAACACUUUUGUUGCUGUUGUUGCAAUGUUCCUUUUAUUAUUAAUCUAUUAUAUAAUUACUGCUUCAGCAGAUUUUUUUUUAAAAUUACGACACUGUGUGGUUUCUAUUGCCAUACAUUUAUCAUUAAAUUAAUUUUAUUUUCAAUUGCAAUCCUGGCAUCUUCUGUUUGUUGUGGCUUUGAUAGAUUUUGCCAUUAAAUAUUUUAUAAUAAUUUCCAGCACUAGUCUUAAGC